AUGGCUCAGAGUUCAAGUUCUUCAACCAUGGAAUACAAGAACGAUUACGGUGUGUUGUGUAAUUGUAAGCGGGCAGCUAAGAUUGUGAAAGCUUGGACCAAUGACAAUCCUGGGAGGAGGUUUUAUGCUUGUACGGGUCGUAGAACUGGUCAUGGAUAUGAGUCUUGCAAUUUUUUUCGUUGGUAUGAUGUCGAGAAGCCUCACGGGUGGCAACAUUUAGCAUUGCUGGAGGCGAGAGAUGUUAUCCGUGACCUGAAAGAAGAAAUUAUGAAGUUCAAGAAAGUGGAAAGGGAACCAAGCCGUGAGAUCGAACAUGUGAUCGAAAAUCCAAGUCAUCUGGAGGAUGAGUUGAUGAAAACCCGUCAAGAGUGUGAAGCGCUGAAGGGAGAGGUGUUGGUACUCACCGAGAGAAGCACCAUUUACUGCAAUGUCCUGUUGUCUUCAACGAUUGGCUUUACAGUGGCAUUGGGAGUCAUAUUUGCCAUGUCAAAGCUCUAG